UCCAUGCAGACGGUGAAUAAGCGACAAGAAUCAGCAUGGCUCCAUCAGUGAGGCCCCUUAUCAAGCCGACCAUCGUCAAGAAGAAGCUGAAGCAUUUCAAGCGUCAUCAGUGCGAUCGCUACCUGAGAGUCCAUCCAAGCUGGCGUCGUCCAAAGGGUAUUGAUAACCGUGUGAGGAGGCGAUUCAAGGGUCAGCUUCGUAUGCCCAACGUCGGUUAUGGAAGCGCCAAGAAGACACGCCAUAUGCUCCCCUCUGGCUUCCGCAAGUUCCUCGUCCACAAUGUUAAGGAACUUGAAGUUCUGAUGAUGAGCAACAGGAAAUUUGCCGCCGAGAUCGCCCACGGUGUCUCCUCUCGCAAGCGCAAGUCCAUCGUGGAGCGAGCCCAACAGCUCGCUAUCAAGGUUACCAACGGCAACGCCAGGCUCCGCAGCGAGGAGAACGAAUGAUCAUGUGACCUCGAGGACAUUUCACAUACAUAGACUAUUAUGGGAUAUCAAUUUGAAUAAUCAACUACUUGUACCCGAAACAUAAUCACAGGACAUCUCGAUGGAUUGAAAGUAACUUGGAAUAUUCUGGUUGGCAGAGGUAUACUGAUGUUGCAACAACUGUUUCUUUUCAUGCUUUGAACGAAACACACAAUAAACCCAACAAAGGAAGAGCCACAUACACAAA